UCCAACGCACGCACGCCACGGAAACUGAAAAUACAUUAUCAAGUCACACGAGCUGUACACUGUCCAAUUAAUCGUCUGCCGGCGAUCCACUCCCGUCCACCUAUCGAUUUGCUCUCCAUCCGUCCACUUCUUUGACCAUCGAUCCUUCGGCGUCCUUUUCGGCAGCGAUAAAUACCCUGUAAAUCACGAGUAGCAACUCGUUAAACCGAUCAUCCCGUGGGUCUCGUCUCUCUGCUAUCUUUCUCUCUCUCGCUCUACCUAGGCGGUAGCACCAAUGGCCGCGCAUCUCCUCCUCUUAUGCAACGCGAUUACGCUGCUGCUGGUGCCCCCGUCGUGCGCGGGGCUCGGGCUCGACACGGUGAGGGGCUUCCUCACCAGGGAGGAGGACACCGUCGUCUUCAGCCUCAUCGAGAGGGCCAAGCACCCGCUGAACCUGCCGGCCUACGACGACCGCGCGUGCUUCGGCCCCGCCGGCCGCCAUGGCCGCCGCAACGGUUCCUUCGUCGAGCUCUUCGUCCGGGAGUCCGAGCAGAUCCAGGCCAAGGCAGGAAGGUACCAAAGCCAGCAGGAGAUCCCCUUCUUCCAGUCCAGAGUGCCCUUCACGCUGGCGCCUCCAUACAACUUCACCACCGAUCUGCAUCCCGCGGCGGCAUCCGUGAACGUGAACGACGCCAUAUGGGGCAUGUAUUUCAGCGAGCUGCUCCCUCAGCUGGCCAACAAUGGCAGCGACGAUGGCAACUACGCUGUGACUGCCGCCUCGGAUCUCGCGUGCCUGCAGGCGCUCUCGAGGAGGAUCAAUUACGGGAGGUACGUGGCAGAAGUGAAGUUCAGAGGAGACCAGCAAAGAUACACACCUUUGAUUCGUUCAAAGGACAAGGAUGCUCUGAUGAAACUGCUGACAUCUCAAACCCAAGAGGAUGUGGUGAAGAGGAGGGUGGAGAAGAAAGCCAUGGUGUUCGGCCAAGAUGUCACCUUGGAUGGACCUACUGAAACUGGUGACGACAACAGCAGCCAAUCCAGCUUCAAAGUCGCCCCUUCGGCGGUUUACGAGUUGUAUGACCGAUGGGUCAUCCCCCUGACAAAGCAAGUGGAGGUCGAGUACCUUCUCCACCGUCUCGAUUGAGCCGAGCCGAGACUGUA